GUCUCUCAUCUUCACACUGGCUCUCUACUCUCCAGCUUCUCCCUCCGUAUAAAACCAAUCUCCUCCUCCCUCCACCGCGAAAACCCUAAUCGAACCAGCUCUAAUAUCCACCGCAGCAGCUCCGGCGUUCCCCGACCGGAUGGAGGACGACGACGAGCGGGGGGAGGAGUACCUCUUCAAAAUCGUGCUGAUCGGCGACUCCGCCGUCGGGAAGUCCAACCUCCUCUCGCGGUUCGCGCUCGACGAGUUCGACAUCAACACCAAGGCCACGAUCGGGGUCGAGUUCCAGACGCAGGUCGUGGAGAUCGACGGCAAGGAGGUGAAGGCCCAGAUCUGGGACACCGCCGGCCAGGAGCGGUUCAGGGCCGUCACCUCCGCUUACUACCGGGGCGCCGUCGGCGCGCUCAUCGUGUACGACAUCACCCGGAGGACCACCUUCGAGAGUGUCAAGCGGUGGCUGGACGAGCUCGACACUCACUGUGAUACCGCCGUCGCAAGAAUGCUUGUUGGGAACAAGUGCGAUCUGGACAAUAUCAGAGAGGUGAGCACCGAGGAGGGCAAAGCCCUUGCAGAAGCAGAAGGUUUAUUUUUCAUGGAGACCUCCGCCCUCGAUUCCACUAAUGUUCAGAUAUCAUUCGAGAUUGUUAUCCGCGAGAUAUACAAGAAUAUUAGCAGGAAAGUCCUCAACUCUGAUUCGUACAAAGCGGAAUUGUCUGUAAAUCGCGUGACCCUAGCCAAAAACGGCACGGACUCAUCGACUCGGAGUUUCUACUCAUGCUGUGCUAGAUGAUGUCUGAUCAUUCACGUCCGGUCCAUCAAUUUUUUGGA